UUAUACUAUCACACCCUAUCUAGAGCACUUACCCAAGCUGUUUGUAACGGGCCCAUUGUUCUUUUACCUUGUGUCGUCAACGGUCUACCAAACUUCCUGUUCCUGUUUCUCUAUGGAAGUAACCAAAGGCAAACAGCGUUACCGAUUUAGAGGGAUGUGGACAUGGAUAAAUCGGGUUCAUCAACCCGCUCGGUCAGUACUUUUGUAGAGCAGGAGGACUGAACAUGUGUGCUGGAUAUGGUGGUUUGGCCAACACUUGUGUUACACCAAGAACAAAAUGACAGAAGAGACGGCAUUGGUGGAGGAGAAGAAGCUGACAGAACCCUGUGCGGACCAUAACACUGGAGUAAACAUCCCCACAGAAAAUACAAUCUCAGAAUCAAGAGGCACUGAGAAUAUCUCUGGAAAACACACAGUUGCUGGAUGUCUGAUUAUGGGUGCUGCUCUCCAGCCAGGCAGGGGGACCACUGAGGAAUUAAACACUCAGAAAGAGCCACCUAAACGAGAUGAUAGCUACCCAUCCUCACUUCGCUCCACCUCGACUUCCUGCAGCUCAUACAGCCUAGAAAUCAGUCUGUCCACAACCAAUAACAGUGACAAAGAAUCUAGACCACUGUCUCUUAGGACACCUCCAGAGAGCAGAACUGGUCAAAAUCAUGAGGCCAAGCCCCCAAGUUCCCUUGACAAUCAGAAACCAGUUUCUCCAGUAACAAAGUCAUAUGGCUCUUUAAAUCCCAAGCCUGUCAAAGAAAAGGAACACUUAGCAGGAUUAAAGGUCACUCAGUGCCUAGAUACACAUGGCACUUCUGAGAUCGUAACCCCCAAGAGCCCAAGAAUAGAAUCCAGUCUGGAAAAGACAUUUUUGUCCAGUCCUAGUGGUGAUGGGAAGUUAGGAGCUCAACCAGUGUCAACUAGCCAGCCACAUAAAGCAUCUUCCACUCAACCAGACAGCUUUAGUACAGAGAAGCGAGCCAGCCAGGAGAAAGAGGACAUGUUUUAUGCCUUUGUAAUCCUGCAUGCACAGGAAGAUUUUGAAGAAGCUGAUAGACUCAAGACCAGGUUAGAGUCACUCUCCUCAACAACUGGAGCAACGUUUGCUGAGGACUUUGCAUUGCCCGGCUUUUCUAAUUUCAGGUGUGUGGAGCAUGCCAUCGAGAACUCAGCCUACAUCAUGCUGCUGCUCACUGCAAACUUCAACACUCACCUAAAUGAGACAAACACAGAUUCUGUGCUCAUGAACUCAAUUGAAAAGCCACACAAAUACAACACUGUCAUCCCUCUGCUCCCCCGGACGAAUUGUUUGACUCGUGAUCAAAUGCGUCCCAUUUUGAGAACUAAAAACCCGCUAGAUGAAACGAAGGACAGAGAUAUUUUUGAAAAGAUGGUCCGAAAGGUCUUGGACUCAAAAAACAUAGAGAGACAGAAGUCAAUGUGGAGACAUGCCCAACUGCUUAAAAAACAACGGGAACAUCAUCAAUGGUUACUGGAAGAGAGACAAUACCAUAUGAACAUCAUUAGAGAGACUACAAGGGUCCGAGAGUUAGAGGAGCAAGUACAGCGCAUGAAAAUGCAAGAGCAACGUCUGCCACCUCCUAAUGCUCACCAGUCCUAUUCAUACCAGGGUUUUAAUGGAAGAACACAGUCGCCUGGUCACAUGCAGUUCCCAAGCCCGUGUCCAAUGCCUUCAUAUUACAAUGGAAACAUGUGGCAACAACCACCAUCCAGCAUCUGUAUCCAGAAUGCUAAAUGCAUCAUGAUUGGAAAUAACUCCACUAUGACUGUGGAAGGAGGUGUAGAUUCUGAAGAUAACCUUUGAAAAAAUAAACACAAUUUUAAAAAAGUGCAAUUUACAUGACUAUGAUAUUGGCCCUUAACAUUAUCCAAUGAUCAGCAUUAAUAUGGUAUCACAUUGUUAUAAAAGAUCGGACAGUUCACACAUCACAGUUGACUUUUUUGCAACACAGAUUAAAUCUUUCCAUUACUAAUUUUUUUUUUUAAUUGCAAUGUGUUUGGCUGCAACUCCCCAAAAAUUCUGCAACUUCUUUUCUUUGAAUUUAAAUUUAGUCUCCAUUUAGGAGACAUCACUGUAUCCCUUUAGCCGUUGAAUCCUCUACUUUUGUAAAAAUGUUUUAAUGCCUCCUCUGCUGAGACUCCUUUCAUGUUCAUAAUUUUAUUAUCUACAACAUCUGUCAAUCACACAGAGUAAUAUGGCUAAACCUAACAGCACUCUGGGGUGUUUUGGCUAAGAAGUGCUGCAUACCACCAUGCUAAAUGCCACUCUGUCAAUAAGCUUAUAAGAACAAUGGGAUAAAUACUAACAGUGUAAAAGAUUUUAGGAAAAAGCAUUCUUGAAUGUAUUAAGUUAGGGGAAUGUAUUGUAAAGAAGAGUUAGGGGAUUUUAAUUUCUGUUUGUUUUUGGGUUUUUUUUUUGGAGGAGGAUAAUCAAUUUAAUUAAUUCAUUAUCACUGUCUUUUUUUUGUAUUUUUAAAUGGUUAAUUAGUACCAUGAAAUCGAGAUUUUUUUUAAACUAGGUUAUCAUACUGUGAUAGUUGCAAUGAUUCACAAAUGACUGUAGGUGGUUGAUGGACUGAGGAACAAAAUGAUUUGAGAUGUGUGUGCACUGGCACUAAAAUAUGUUAUUAUAAGAGAAGGUGUUUUUGGGGGAAAAAUCCCAAAUGUCUGAAAAUGUAUCACAUACUAAAAUCACAAAAAGUCAAAUACAGUUCUUCACAGAGGCUCUUGGACUUCUUCUUGGACAGCCAGAGGCAGAUCAAGUUGAUCAAGAACAAAGAAAUGAAGAACAACAUCAGUAUAAAGAACAGGUUAAAUAAUGGCACCAUGCCUGUGACAGUUGGUGGAGUCAUGCAAUUAUUAAACCAUUCUUGUGUAUUGAUUGUGGUACCCGGCAUAUCAAUAAAAUGAUUACUCUGGAA